AAUUAAAACCAAAAAUAUCGGCACAGACGAAAACAAAAACUGAAUUUAACAACUUUAAGCAGAGAGAGAGAUCAAGCGAGCGACUGAGAGAGAGUGGUGUUGAGACAGAACCCAACCACGAUCCGUGCUUCUUUGUCCGUUUCUUCCUUCUCCAAACAAACAAAAGAAGAAGAAGUAACUUCCUUCCCCGACACUCCCAUUUGAUCGGAGCUCAACAUUGCUCGGCAGAGAGGUUAGGGAGAUAAACGAUAUGGAGCGGUACGGUCGCGUCGGCGAAGAAGGCUCGCGGGCGGAUCCAUCACCUCCCGGAACCGAAACCGGUUUAGAAGGUUCGACGUGGCGGUUAGGGCUGCGAGGCGGUGGAGGUGAAUCAUUCCCGGAGCGACCCGAUGAGCCUGAUUGUAUUUAUUACUUACGAACCGGUGUUUGCGGGUACGGUUCCAGGUGUCGGUUCAACCACCCACCAAACCGUGUACCGGUCUUGGGAGGUCUCAGAACAGAACCUGGAGAUUUCCCUGAGAGAAUGGGACAGCCCGUGUGUCAGCAUUUUAUGAGAACGGGAACAUGUAAGUUCGGUGCUUCUUGCAAGUAUCACCAUCCUAGACAAAGAGGAGGAGAUUCUGUUACUGUCUCAUUAAACUACAUGGGAUUCCCAUUACGCCCGGGUGAGAAAGAAUGCUCCUAUUACAUGAGAACCGGUCAUUGUAAAUUCGGUUCCACAUGUCGGUUUCACCAUCCCCUUCCUCCUGGUGUACAACCUCCAUCUCAGCAGUUAUCAGCUAUUUAUCCAUCGUUACACUCUCAGUCAGGUGUUUUUGUAGCGAGACCUCAGCUAUUACCAGGCUCAUAUGUUCAAAGCCCUUACGGUACUUACAGCCAAAUGGUUCUUCCUCCUACGGGUAUGGUUCCAUACCCGGGCUGGAACCCUUACCAGGCUUCCCCUGGGAGUCAACCCUCUAUGGGAUCAAGCUCUGUUCCUUUGGCGCCUUCUUAUCAAACGAGCCUAUCUUCAAAUAAGGAGCAAUCUUUUCCUCAGAGACCUGGAGAACCUGACUGUCAAUACUUUAUGAGAACCGGAGACUGUAAAUUUGGAGCCUCUUGCAGAUUCCAUCAUCCUCUUGAAGCAGCACCACCAAAAGGAGUUAAUCUCAGCAAUAUUGGCCUCCCACUUCGUCCUGGCACAGCGCCAUGCAGCCACUUUGCGCAACAUGGGAUCUGUAAGUUUGGGCCUGACUGCAAAUUUGAUCACUCCAUGGGCUCUUCUUCACUAAGCUACAGCACGUCUGCUUCUUCGCUCACUUACCCUCUCGGAUCCUCAUCGCUCGGCACAUUAGCUGCGUCAUCAUCAUCCACGUCUGACCAACGCACAGAACUUCACUCUUCGAGCUCCGUUAAACCAAAAACCACAACAAGUGGUGGCUCGGAAACUGUGUCCGCUGGAGUUUCUUCUUCUAUGACUGGCGGCGUGAGCCAGUCCGAGCCUGUUGCUGAGACCAAAAAUGGUGACUCGGCUAGCAUUGAGGAUGAGAUUAAGGCUUCAAGUUAAAGAGACAAAACUCAAAGGAGAGAAGAGAAGAGAAACUCUCUCUAUUCUUCUUAGGUUAUCAUCUCUCUUUUUUCUCUCUAUCUUCUUUUCAUCAAACUUUCAUGAACUCAGGAACAUAAAAAGGAAAAAGAUUCGUUUUUGGGUGGAGACAACAACAAGAAGCAGAAGCAGAAGCAGAGAGAGACGAAAGCAGCUCUAGUUUUAUGUGUUAUGUCUCUCCUCUUAUGUCUCUCUUACCAUGUUCAUAUGAUUCCUUCAUACGGCCAUCUAUCUUUUUUUUUCUUUCCUUUUUUUCUAUUCAAACUUUUCGAAAACAAUUGUUAAUAAAAUGGCCUGAAAAUCCUUUGUUUUUUAAGGAAAAAGGUUAUGGAAAAUGGGUUUUGAUCGAGAA